AUGCCGCGCGCUAGGCAUAAUACAACUUCUUUGCCUCGGCAUCUACGAUCUGAGCUAGGAAUCCGCGACACCUAUGGCGAAAAGAAGCGUCGCCUUAACGGACCAGCUUCGCGCAAAGAACGCCGCCAGAAUGAGCGGACGCAGAAAAAAGGACGCCAUGCAGCACCUCAGAAUAAAAAGAGCUUCCAGCGACAUGAGCAGCCGGUUCAGAAUAAGAAUGAGGAGGAGGAUUUCGACCUAGACUCGGACGACAUGGAUAUCGAUGAACCACGCAGUGCGCCGCAGCCCAAGCUAAAGACCAAGGACGCAGCCCAGAAACCCAAGUCGAUUAUGAAGAAGACGCCAGCACCACAAGAAGCCGAGUCGGAAUCCGAGUCAGAGUUGGAAAUUGACUUAGACGAGGAUGACGAUGACGAUGAGGAUGAGGAUGAGGAUGACGACGAGGAGGAAGACGAAGACGACGAAAGCGAAGACGCCUCCGAAGACGAGUCUGAAGAACCAGUGCUAUCUGAGACUCAUGUCCCUGCAGGUGUCAAGUCCAAGCUUGCGCAGGAUGAUGCCGAAAUCGCCGCAUUGGAGAAGAAGCUUGGCCUCAAGAGGGGCAAGACUUCCAAGGCAUUCGAGGAAGAUGGGCUUGACGACCUUCUCGGUGACCUGGGUGGCGGCGGUGGUGGUGACGAAUCAGAGGACGAGAGUCGCAAGCGCAAACGGGAAGCCGACGACUGGCUACAGAGCAAGAGACAAAAAGCCAAGGCAUUGCAAGCACAAGCCGCGGCAAAGGAUAGCGAGGAGGACAGCGAAGAGGAUGUCGACUUGGACGACGAAAUCUUUGGAAGCGAAGACGACGAAGAGGCUGCUGAUGGCAGCGACUUUGAUGGAUUUGAUGACCAAGAGAAGAAAGAGCCUAAGAAGAAGGAAAAUCCUUAUGUCGCUCCGGUUACGAAACCAGAAGCUUCGGCUCAAAAAUACAUUCCUCCUUCAUUACGAGCGCGCGCCGACCCAGAGAGCGAGUCUCUUACUCGGCUGAAGCGCCAAGCCCAAGGACAGUUGAACAAGUUGUCUGAGGCCAAUAUGAUUUCAAUUGUCGCUGAGUUCGAAAAGCUUUACCGUGACUACCCGCGUCAGCAUGUCACUUCAACAUUGCUUGAGUUGCUGAUGGGUAUGAUCUGUGAAAGGGCUGCUCUGUCGGAUACUUUCCUCAUUCUGCACGCCGGUUUCAUUGCAGCAUUGUACAAGCUCCUAGGUAUGGACUUUGGUGCAGAGAUCAUCCAAAAGAUCGUUGAAACUCUCGAUGCCAAUGGUGAUGAACGAGGAACCUUCCAAGGAAAGGAAACUUCCAAUUUGAUCUCCCUUCUCUCGCAACUUUACAACUUCCACGUCAUUGGAUCCGCAUUGAUGUUCGAUUAUAUUCGCAUUUACCUGCAGGAAAUCACGGAAAACAACACGGAACUCCUGCUCAAGGUUAUCCGGAAUUCUGGUCCACAGCUCCGACAAGACGACCCAUCCUCACUCAAGGAUAUUGUUUUGCUCAUCCAGCCCGCAGUAGCAAAGGCCGGCGAGGACAAGCUAUCUGUCCGAACAAAGUUCAUGAUCGACACCAUCACAGACUUGAAGAACAACCGCGUCAAGUCCUCAGCAGCAGCCGGUGCAAGCAUCACCACGGAGCACAUCACGAAAAUGCGCAAGAUUCUAGGAUCUCUCAACAAUUCCCGGGUGAUCCGUGCAUCGGAACCUAUCAACAUCUCUCGCGACGACAUCCACAACUCAGCGAAGAAGGGAAAAUGGUGGCUAGUCGGCGCAAGCUGGAAAGAAGACCCCCUCGUAGCGGCCCAGCAAGAAAUUGCCGGUCUACCAACGAACCACAGCCACGUCCAAGAUGACGAAAGCGAAGGCGAACCCGACUACGGCAACCUCGCCAGAGCACACCGCAUGAAUACCGACAUUCGUCGAUCCAUCUUCGUUGCCAUCAUGUCCGCCACAGAUUUCCAAGACGCCCACGUCCGGCUAAUGAAACUCCGCCUGAAGCGUGCCCAGGAAUUCGAAAUCCCCCGUGUUCUGCUGCACUGCGCUAUGGAGGAACAAGCCCACAACCCAUACUACACGCUGAUCGCUCGCCGGAUCUGCGGCGACAUGGGUCGACGCAUCAAGAUGUCCUUCAUGUUCGCCCUGUGGAACAUCUUCAAGCGAAUGGGCGAGCGAGGCGACAUGGACGACGACGAGGACGAUAGCUUCGAUCCCGACGACGAGGAGAACGGCGUUCCCAUGAAAGCUGUGGUCAACCUGGCCAAGAUGUACAGCAGCCUCAUUGCUGACGGUAGCUUGACUUUGGGAAUUCUCAAGACCCUCAAUUUCGCAUACCUACAGCCGAAGACCAAGACCUUUGUGGAAAUCCUGAUCAUCACUCUCAUUCAGCAGUCUCAAAAGUCGAAGAAGAAGAAGUCCAAGAGCUCCAAGGUGGACGAAGCACCCAAGGACGAGCAGGCCUUGAUGCAGAUUUUCUUGCGUGUCAAGGAGACACCGCAUAUCGGCAAGGGUAUUAUCUUCUUUAUCAGGAAGGUCGUUGCCAAGACUGAUAUUGUUUCUGAUGAGGAGAUGAAGCUUGUUCGGUGGGGUUGCGAUGUGGCUGUUGACGCUCUCAAGGCCGUGUCGGAUUAA